UUACAUUCUAAAGCAACGUUUGGAAACGGAAAUAGGCGUUAUUUUUAUGGCCAGUUUAUCUUUUAUCUUUCAGAAGAAACAUUCAGUAUCUAUCCAGAAUCACAAAAGCAUAUUAGAUUUGAAUUUUUAAAACACCAAGUCAGAUGUGCGUUAAUUGUUUACAAACGAUUGCUUCGUUUAGUGUCGGCUUCCAUAACAACACGGAAAAGAUGUUCAUAAACAAGGAAAUGUAGGGCAAGCUCAGACAGUAGCCCUGUAACAUCUGGCCAAUUCUUCUUCGAGCAAACGCAGACAUCAUCAACAAUGGAGGGCUCAUCCAAAGGUGAGAGAACAGAGGAAACACCCAAAAGUGACGCUGCAUCUAAAACAUUUGUGGCUGCACAAGUGCCAUUUCUUGACCUGUGCACUGUUCUUGAGAAUAUUCAGAAAGCCAAACAUCGGCCAGACAAGGCCAAAUGCUUAAAGGAUUUCUUAGAUUCAUGGAGAAGGUUUCAUGCAGCUCUUCACAAAGAUAAUCCCAACACGACAGAUUCAUUCUACCCAGCCAUGCGUCUUAUUGUGCCUCCUUUUGAAAGGGAGAGAAUGGCCUAUGGUAUCAAAGAAAACAUGUUAGCCAAACUCUACAUUGAGGUCUUGGGGCUUCCAAAAUCGGGGCCAGAGGCAAAUAAACUUCUCAAUUACCGAGCGCCUACUACAGCCAAAGGAGAAUCUGGAGACUUUGCCCUUACAGCUUACUUUGUCCUCAAAAAGAGAUGCACAAGCCAGGGUAAUCUAAGCAUCAAAGAGGUCAAUGACUUCUUGGACUCUGUAGCGAUAAAUAAUGCCAGCAAACAGAAAGACCUUGUGAAGAAAAGCCUUUUACAUUUGAUUACGCAAAGCUCAGCUUUGGAACAAAAAUGGCUUAUUCGUAUGAUCCUGAAAGACAUGAAACUUGGGAUUAGCAAGGAGACCGUUCUCCAGGUUUUUCACUCAGAUGCUCCAGAGCUCUACAAUGUCUCUACAGACUUGGAGAGGGUCUGCAGACAGCUACAUGACCCCUCUAUUUCCUUGAAUGAGGUGUCCAUCAGCCUGUUUUCUGCCUUCAAACCCAUGCUGGCAGCUGUUGCCAACAUCCGCCAAGUGGAGAAACAGAUGGGGAACAAGCCCUUCUAUAUUGAGACCAAGCUGGAUGGUGAGCGCAUUCAACUUCAUAAGGAUGGGGAUGUAUACAAAUACUACAGCCGUAACUCCUAUGAAUACACGCAACAGUUUGGGUCCUCACCACUAGAGGGUUCCCUCACACCAUACAUCCACAAUGUCUUUAAAUCUCAUGUUGUUAAUUGCAUCUUAGAUGGAGAGAUGAUGGCUUAUAACUUCACCACAGAGACCUUCAUGCAAAAAGGCAGCAAAUUUGAUGUCAAGCGAAUGGUGGAAGACUCUGAUUUACAAACAUGCUUUUGUGUGUUUGACGUUUUGCUUGUCAAUGACCAGAAGUUUGGAAACGAGCCUCUCAAGAAGCGUUACGACACUCUCCAGACAGUCUUCACACCCGUCAAAGGCCGGAUCCAGCUGGUACAGUACACUGAAGCCAAAACCAGGCAGGAAGUGAUAAAUGCCCUCAAUGAAGCUAUUGACAACCGUGACGAAGGCAUCAUGGUCAAAGAUCCCAUGUCCAUCUACAAACCAGAUAAACGUGGUGAAAGCUGGCUGAAGAUCAAACCUGAAUAUGUUGAUGGCCUGAUGGAUGAAUUGGAUUUGCUAAUAGUGGGAGGCUAUUGGGGUAAAGGCAGACGGAGUGGAAUGUUGUCCCACUUUCUCUGUGCUGUUGCUGAAACGCCAAGUCCUGGACAGAAGCCAACAGUGUUCCAUACACUCUGUCGAAUUGGAUCAGGCUACACCAUGAAGGAGCUCUACGAGCUUGGCCUGAAACUGGCCAAACACUGGAAGGUUUUUCGCAAGAGUAGCCCUCCGCCAGGCAUUUGGUGUGGGACAGAGAAGCCAGAGGUUUACAUUGAGCCAAGAAACUCGGUGAUCAUUCAAGUCAAAGCGGCGGAGAUUGUUACCAGUGACAUGUACAAAACUAACUGCACUCUGCGAUUCCCCAGGAUUGAGAGGAUCCGAGAGGACAAAGAAUGGUAUGAGUGCAUGACCUUGGAUGAGCUAAAUCAGUUCCGUGAUAAAGCCUCGGGUAAGUUGGCAUCCAAGCACUUUCACUUCCAGGAAGAUGAGCCGGAGAAGAGGAAACGGAAACUCGCAUCCAAGCCCAAAAAGACCAUUGGCAUUGUUGACCACUUCAAAGCUCAAGACCUGUCCACUGUCACCAAAGAGACUGACAUGUUUGAAGAUGUGGAAUUCUGUGUAAUGAGCGGAAGCAACACUCAUUCCAAGGCCGAGCUUGAAAAGGCAGUGGCCUGUUGCGGAGGCAUUGUAGUCCAGAACCCUGGAAAGGACACAUACUGUGUGAUUGCAGGUGUUGAGAAUGUGCGGGUAAAGAACCUCAUCGGUUCAAACCAACAUGAUGUAUUACAGGCUUCCUGGCUCCUGGAAUGUGUGGACAGGAAACAGGUGCUACCAUGGCAACCACGACACAUGAUCCACAUGUCCCCUUCCACAAAGGAACACUUUGCUAAAGAGUAUGACUGCUAUGGAGACAGUUACUACGUCGACACAGAUGAGCAGCAGCUGAGGGAUGUCUUCAGUAGAAUGGGCACUGUUGACAUGGAUGCAGUAUCCAUAGCUUCAAUCGAGCAGAAGUACAGCUGGGAUGACUUGCCCACUAGCAUGUUCAGACCUUACCGUGCCUACUUUGAUCGAUGUUCUGAUAUUGGAGAUCCAGAAAGUCUUAUUAAGUUUACAUGUCUGGACUUUCGGGCUCUGGAGUUUUGCUUUCAUGGGGGCACAGUAGUAGAAAGACUAGAAGAAGGCAUCUCGCAUGUAGUCAUGGCGGGAGAAGAGCGAUUAUUGGACCUAAGGACACACAGACGCCUCUUUACUAAGAAGUUUAAGAUUGUUCGAGAAACAUGGGUGACUGAAUCUAUUAAAGCAGGACAUGUACUUAAUGACAAUGAUUACCUUGUGUAAGAUGGAGACGACUGCACAAUGUGACGUCACUUAAAGACUGCAUUGUCUACGAAUAAUCUUCAUACAAUAACGGCUACAUUAUUGAUGCUAAAAUGAUGUUUGGAUCUGGUUGUGUUUCCUCUUUGCCUGUAAACAUUUUUAAUGAAUAGAAAAAUCAUUGUUUAGAUUUGUAUUUUAAGUAUUUUAUUUUAUUUUUUACAAUAACAGGUUUUAAACGAUGAUAUUUUUUUAAGGUAAAUAUGCUCGUGUAGUCAAGUCUCAGUUUGCUUAUUUACACAGAACAACACUAGGAUGACAAAGACAUUUUAUUUGCACCCUGUAGAUUUUAUGAAAGAAUGACAAGGAAUAAAUUUGUUUUUAAUCUAUAACUGUAAAAUUGUAAUUAUUGUUGUGAAUAAAGAUCAGUGAAGUGACUUAAGA